AUGCAGUGCGAUAAUGGCUCCAAAAAACCAACUAUCGAUUCUCGCGUCACUUUCAGCUACCCUGCUUUUCCUUCAGCACAUGAUUUCCACGGCUGCUAUCUCUCUCUCACAUUCUUCGUUCAUAGAGUGGUGGUUUGGAUAGGUGGGGGUACGUACUGGGAGAUGAUCACCAUCGAUAGAUCCAAGAAGUUCAUCACGUUCUAUGGAGAUCUCGAGAAUAUGCCCACCAUCGUCUUCAACGGGACGCUGUAUAAUGCUACGAUGGUCGUGGAGAGCGAUUACUUCAUGGCUGUGAAUAUUGCUUUUGUGAAUUCAGCUCCAAUGCUAGACGAAAAACGAGUGGGAGCACAGACGGUGGCAAUGAGAAUAUCAGGGGACAUGGCAGCCUUCUAUAACUGCAAUUUCUUAGGGUUUCAAGACACGUUGUGUGACGAUAAAGACAAACAUUUCUUCAAAGAUUGUUACAUUCGUGGCACUUAUGAUUUCAUUUUUGGAACUGGUAGAUCGAUCUAUUUGAAUUCGAUUCUCCAUUCAGUGGCAAUUGGGAUGGGUGUGGUCACAGCACAGGCAAGAGAGAGCGAGGAAGACGAGAGCGGAUUCAUCUUUCUGCAUUGCAAAAUUAAGGGAAGAGGCGACAUUCUCUUGGGUCGUGCUUGGAAGAGCAGAUCCAGAGUUAUAUUUGCUCAUUCUGACAUGGCUUCUCUCGUCAACCCUCUUGGCUGGUCUACUGGCCAUCACCCAGAACGUGAAAAAACAAUGUAUUAUGGAGAAUACAACUACAGCGGUAGAGGUGCUAAGACCUCUGGGAGAGUUGGAUUCGCGAAGAUGCUCUCAGACGAAGAAGCCAAACCCUUCUUGGGCACAACAUUCAUACAAGGAUCCCAGUGGAUUCUCCCACCUCCUAAACUCUGA